AUGGAUCUAGGAGAUACGAGUGUGUUCACCGACGAGCUGCUCAUGGACGGGUAUGAUAAUACCCCGUACCAAGAUUUUUUCCCCGCGUUCAUGCCAGAGAAUGAAGCUGCGAUAGCGGCUGGUGUUAUGGAUGGAAUUGAUGGUGGUGUUGGUUUUGACGUGGGUGUGGCUGCUCUUGGUCCUGGUUCGUCCCCGUUUUCCAUUGGUUCCACCGAUAAGUCCGUCGACAUCAACCGCUUCCACCGUUCCCUUGCCCACGCUUGUGAACCCCUUUUGAGAGAAGCUGCCCGGCAGAGGGGCAUCAUUCUCACGGGAACGGAGGAACCAUGCUCGGACUGCAUGAAGGCGAAGGGAAAGAGGGCGUCGGUGCCGAAGGGGCCGGGAGCGCGGGCGUCGAAGCCACUCGGGCUUGUUCACCUGGACCUGUGUGGACCGUUGGCGCCUUCCCNAGACCUCGGCCCCAUCGAGUGCUUCCCGAUCGACAACGGCACCGAGUGGACCCGCGGCGACUUCCGGCGCUUCUGCGAAAUGGAAUUGAUGGUGGUGUUGGUUUUGACGUGGGUGUGGCUGCUCUUGGUCCUGAGGGGCAUCACUCUCACGGGAACGUUGGAACCAUGCUCGGACUGCAUGAAGGCGAAGGGCAAGAGGGCGUCGGUGCCGAAGGGGCCGGGAGCGCGGGCGUCGAAGCCACUCGGGCGUGUUCACCUGGACCUGUGUGGACCGUUGGCGCCUUCCCUGGGCGGCAACCUCUACCUGUUCGUCGCNGGGCGUGUUCACCUGGACCUGUGUGGACCGUUGGCGCCUUCCCUGGGUGGCAACCCCUACCUGUUCGUCGACAACGACAGCGCCUCGCGGUGGAACAAGUACAACGGCGUCGUCGAGAGCGCCAUCUGGCGCAUCAUGAAGGCCGGCAUGGCCGCUCGCCGCAGCGCUGCCCGUGUGCUCAACGUCGACUACGCCUCCAUCACCGGCCUCGACCCGCGCGGUGACCGUCCUUGGUUGGAAUCUGCGAAGUGGGCCGCCGACGCUCUCAACCAGUCAGCGACCAAGGCCAACCUCGAGCGUCUUUCUCCGCACGAGCCAUUCACCGGUCAGCAGGGGUCGUUCGGCGUGCUGCCGUUCUUCCAGCCCGGCUACAUGCGUGAGGAUCGCCGCACCAAGCUCGACGACCAGGCCGGCGGCGACAACCACCCGAGCGGCACCGUCAAGGUCCUCAAGGCGUCCACCGGCCGCGUCGUCUACACCAACAACGUGUCGUGGGUGACGUCGGCGCCAGCCGGCGAGGGGGGUUCCGCUGGUAUCCCCGCUGCGCCGACGCCUCCCCCGUUCACGCCGGUCGUCUCGAUCAACUUCGGCCCAGCCCCGACGCCUUCGACCGCCGCACAGCCGCCGCCAGCGCCCACGCCCACGCCGUCGUCCGCACCCGCUCCUGGCCAGCCGCCCUCUGCCGCUUCGCCGUCAUCGUCGGCGACCCCCGCUCCAGUUCAGCUACCGCCGUUGCCGCCGCCGCCGCCGCCGCCGCCGGGCCCCGCGUUGCCCCCGCUCUCGGCUCACGCCAUGCGGCAGUUUCGCCCGGGCAAGAAGGCCGAGGGAAUGAAGGACCCGCGGCUGCCAGGCCGCACGAGAUCGGGCACGAGGCACAGNAGUUCAGCUACCGCCGUUGCCGCCGCCGCCGCCGCCGCCGCCGGGCCCCGCGUUGCCCCCGCUCUCGGCUCACGCCAUGCGGCAGUUUCGCCCGGGCAAGAAGGCCGAGGGAAUGAAGGACCCGCGGCUGCCAGGCCGCACGAGAUCGGGCACGAGGCACAGCACAGGGCUCAUCUCGAUGCUGUACAAAAACACUCUGGUAUCGAUGCUGGAGGCCCAGAGCGCCGUGGAAGAGGAGCGCAGGGAGCCGGGGGGAGCGGGGACCGGAGAGCCGGGGGGACCGGAGACCGGAGAGCAGGGGGGAGCGCAGCCGUGGACCUGGGGGCUGGAGGAGCGAGCUUACCACUUGCAUGUGCCACGCUCCUCGCCAGCCGGGAAGACAUCGAUGCCGUGCUGCGCGACCAGCGCCCGCCGGAGCAACGCCCUGAUCUCCCGCACUGCCAGGCGAGCGACCUUCGCAUCCCCAAGAGCUACAAGGAGGCUAUGGCGUCGGAGUACCGGCACCUCUGGGGCGACUCGAUGAAAAGGGAGUUUUUCGGGUUGCUGGAAGCGGGGACUGCCACUAAGGUCAAGGCGAGACUUGUAGCGAGAGGUGAUAUGCAGAGAGAGUACAUUGACUUUGGAGAGUUGUACGCGCCUACCGUUUCUGUUUCGUGUGUCAGGAUGUUGGCAGCGUUGGCGUGCGAGUUGAACCUCGACCUGUGUCAUUUCGAUAUUGAGCAAGCUUUUGUGCGUUCGGAGUUGGAGGAAGACGUGUACAUGCGUUUGCCGCAGGGAUGUGGAGCUCUCUCUGGAAUGAUUGUAAAACUAGGCAAGAGUCUGCUGACGAUUUCUCAGCAGACUUUCACGGAUGAGCUAGCAGCAGAGUAUGGAGUACCAGGGGGAUCUUCGAUGUGGCUGGCGACUCAGACUAGGCCAGACAUUGCGAAUGCAGUAAGGGCAGUAGCUAGAUAUUGCGCGUCUCCGAAGCAGGUGCACUGGGAUGCAGCGAUGGGUAUAUUAGGGUAUGCGAAGAGGACGAGUUACAUGGGUGUUUCAGUUCAGAGAGGUACGAUAGAAGGAUUCAGCUUGCAGGGGUACGCUGAUGCGGACUUUGGGAGCAAGGCAGCAGACCGUAGGUCGGUAUCAGGGAGGAUAGUAAAGUGCGGAGGAGGCGUUGUGUCUUGGUUUUCCAGAACGCAGAAGAAGUGCGUUACGCUUUCGACAACAGAAGCAGAGUAUGUCGCGCUUGGCGAUGUAGUGAAGGAGAUUUUGUUUUUGAGGCAGGUUUGGCGAUUUAUGUUGCCGAAGGUCAGCAUGCCGUGCAUCCCAGUCUUUGAGGACAACCAGGGGGCGAUUCAACUAGCGCAGAACCCCAUCUCGAACUCGAACUCGGAGCACACUGAUGCAAGGCACCAUUUUCUCAGGGAAUUGGUAGAGAGGAAGGAGAUUUCGGUCAUCCACGUGCCGUCUCCGUACCAGCGUGCAUACUUUCUUGCGAAGAGUUUGCCCAAGGAGGAGUUCGAGUCUCACCGUGAUUUUGUGAUGAAUUUGGCAUGGGUUUUUCUUAUUUUUCUGAUGAGUUUGGUUUGGCUUUCGAUUUGA